AUAAAAAAUGAAUUGAUUCAUUAGGGAGGGGUUGUGGACUUCUGGUUAGCUAAACACCUUAGUACCGAGCACACUGUAAUUUGCCAAAUUGGGGAUGAACAGUAAAAAGUGGGGUUGGCAGUGGCGUCACGGGGAAGAAGCUCGCAUCCUUUCUUCGGUAUCUACCUCCUUUGCGCCAUCAUAGCCUUCAAUGCGCCGGUGGCGGAACAACCCAUCCUACGCCCCCCAUUUCCCUCCCCAUUCCCAAGUAACCACCUCUCAUCUUCAAUCGGCUUCCUCAACUUCUCAGGGGCAGGGAUUUCCCGGAGAACCAUGUCCAGAGCUCGAGUCUACGCGGACGUCAACGUGCAUCGUCACAGGGAUUUCUCGGAUUAUGAAUCAUUCCAUGUGCAGUGGGGUGAUCAGCGGGACUACAAAGUGAUUCAGAAAGUUGGAAGAGGAAAAUACAGUGAUGUAUUUGAGGGAGUUAAUGUCAAUAGCAACGAAAAGUGCAUAAUUAAGGUUCUGAAGCCCGUUAAGAUGAAAAAGAUAAAGAGAGAGAUCAAGAUAUUGCAAAACCUUUAUGGUGGGCCAAAUAUCGUCAAACUUCUCAACACAGUCAGAGAUCAGCAUUCCAAUGUUCCAAGCUUGAUAUUUGAAUAUGUGAACAGUACGGAUUUCUCAGUGUUAAACCCCACAUUAACCCACUACGACAUAAGCUACUACAUGUAUGAGCUUCUCAAGGCAUUAGACUAUUGUCAUUCACAGGGAAUUAUGCACAGAGAUGUGAAGCCUCAAAAUGUUAUGAUAGACCAUGUGUUGCGAAAGCUUUGGCUGAUUGACUGGGGUCUUGCUGAAUUUUAUCACCCUGGAAAGGAGUAUAAUGUUCGCGUGGCUUCGAGGUAUUUUAAGGGUCCUGAACUUCUGGUUAACUUGCAAGACUAUGACUAUUCUUUGGAUAUGUGGAGCCUAGGCUGCAUGUUUGCAGGAAUGAUCUUCCACAAAGAACCUUUCUUUGGUGGACAUAAUAAUGAAGACCAGCUUGUCAAAAUUGCCAAGGUCCUUGGUGCAGACGGAUUGAAUGCAUACUUGCAAAAGUAUAAUAUAGAGCUUGAUCCUCAUCUUAUGACCAAGGUUGGGAGGGACAGCCAAAAACCGUGGUCUAAAUUUAUGAACGUCGAUAAUAAACAUUUAGUAUCACCUCAGGGCAUUGAUUUACUUGACAAGCUUCUUCGUUAUGACCAUCAAGAUAGGCUGACUGCGAGAGAAGCUAUGGUAGUCCUAGUAUCCUACCCGCUUAUGCCUUGUGAACUCUGCUAAUUUCCCAUAAUUUUUGAAUUUCAUCUUAAAUAACAUCUUAGAACAUGGAUUUGUAUCGUUGUUAAUUAACACACAUAUUUUUCAACUCUGUAGUCCCACCCUUAUUUCUUGCAAGUGAGGGCUGAAUUGUGAGUUAUGAAGCUCAAUCAUCUGGUCUUCCCUUGGUCGGUCUGAAUUGUGAAAGACCAUUGGCAUGCUUCUAAUAAUUUGCUUCUACUGCCGUGUGAUAUUAUGAGUUACAACGCAUUAUUUGCAUGGGGAGCCAUGUGGGGCCGUAUGGACGCUUUUCUGGGCUGGACGUACCAGCAAGCGGCAAUGCCAGUCGGCUGCAAAAAAGAACUGAUCGCGCAAGCUGAGAAGUCCAAUAAAGUGCUUCACUUGGAAACUGAGAUUGGAAAUCGAUGAAAAGUCCAAUAAAAAAGUCUCACUUGGGAACUCAGAUCAUAAAUUUUAUUAAUGCUUAUUUCCUAGCUCUAGUUUUGGUAUGUAUUUCCUUUUUUUUUUCUUUUACUCCAGGAGGCGUCUAGGGGAGGGGGGCUGGGGGAGCCUGGAGUAAUCAGUGCUGAAACUCACUCCAUUGAGUUUCAAACCCGAGACCUCCAGUAAGGAAGAGUGAGUCCUUGACCAGAUGAGCUGGACCGCUUCCUCAAUUCUGUUGUGUUGUACAACAAUUUUUUCUUUUUAUGCUGAAGACUCUUGUCGUAGCUAUAAUGCUAUAUGAAGGUCUCUUAUAUUCAUAUUCUUAGUAUAUGGAGUAUGGAUUUGCACAUUUAUUGGGUUUUAACUAUUGAGUUGAGAAUUUGCCUUA